CGCCGCGCCUGGCGGAGAAGCAUCCGCCUCCUGGCUCCUGCUGCUGCUGCUGCCGCCCAGAGGAGAGAGGAAUCUGGAACCUCUGCCUCGAAUUUCCCCCGGCGCCGCGCGCUGCGGAGAGCGGCGGGGGUGGGCGCCAGGAGGAGAACGCGAUGAAUGAGUUCUCCCCUCGCCUCAGAGUUGACUGAGUUGGCGGCGCCGCGCCCGGGCUUCCGGCUCUCGGCGCCCCACGCGCUCGCGGCUCCCGGGGCUGCAGCCCACGCCCGCGGCCGGGGCUGUGCCCGCCACGCCGGAGAGCCGAGGCUCUGGAGCUCCUGUCCCGGCUCCAGUCCGGGGGGAAAAAGGAAGGUUGUCCCCCGGCCCAGGCGCACGGCCGCGCGCUCUCCCGCACUCUCCGCGGCCCCUUCUGUCUCUCUGGCGUCUCAUCAACAAUCCCGGAUCCAGGCUUACCUGGAGAAGAACAAGAUCGGUCCCCUGUUUGAGGAAUUAAUGACCAAAUUAAUAACUGAGACACCUGACCAGCCAAUCCCAUUUCUCAUUGACCAUCUUCAGUCUAAACAAGGAAACCGUGGACAGCUUCAAAGAACUUUAUCUGGAUCUGCAGCUCUCUGGGCAGAAAGUGAAAUAGCAGAACAUAAAGGAACAAGAAGGGAUUUCAGAAGCUAUGAUAAGCCUUGGCAAUUAAAUGCAAAGAAGCCUAAAAAGUCAAAAAGUGACCUCGCUGUGUCUAAUAUUUCCCCACCGUCAGCAGAAUCCAAAUCAUUGCCAAGGUCAGUAGAUCAUCCUAAGUGGAACUGGCGAAUUAAACCAGAAAGCCGUGAUUUUGAUGAAUUGAACCACAUCCUUCAAGAGAGCAAGAAGCUGGGAAAAGCCCUUGAGAAUCUUUCUCGAAGUAUUGCAAUUUCAGAUGAACUCGAUAAGGAAACAGUGGCAUUUAAUUCUUCUCUUCUGAGACCCCGUGUGAUUGGAGAAUGGAUUGGUCGAGAAGAGAAUGAUGCUGACCCACUAGCAGCUGAAAUGCUACAGCCCCCAGUUCCAAGAAGUAAAAAUGAACAAUGGGAAAAUGAAGACACUAGCUCCAGCCCUGCAGGAAGCUUAAAGGUGGAGCCCAAGACUAAAGGAUUAAAACAGCAGCAACAGCAACAUAAGAAACUUCUGGCAGCAAUGCUCUCUCAAGAUUCUUUUGAGUCUCUCCAUAGCCCUACCCCAUCUGUAACAGAAGAAGAUAUUGAUAAUGAAGAUGAUGCAAUGGAAUUGCUGGAGGAUCUCGAUGAUUUAAGAAUGGAGGGAGUAACUACCCUUGUACCUUCUGGGAGCAAAUUUAACCAAGGUCGUGCUACUCACCCUGCCGAACCUCAGGCCAAGGUCACAUUGAACAUCUGUUCAAGGUGUGCCAGGCUUCAAGGAGAUAACCUGGCAGAAAGGACAGAAGAGACGUCACAAGUACUUCUUUCUCCAGAUGAAAUAGUCCCGGAUUCUUUGGAUUCUUUACCAGGGACUGAAGAAGCACUAAUGGAAGAGGGGGAAGAAUUUGAGAAAGCAUCUAAAUUGACAGGACCUGGAGAAGCCUCCAGUGGAGGACAGUCACUGAAAAACUACCUGGAAGAAGACGAAUCUUUAAAGCAAUUGCAAGUAGUUCAUCAGCCGUGGAUCUUGCCAAGUGACACAGAAAGUGAAGGAGUAGAAGCAGAACAAGAUAAACGUUCUGCUGAUCUUCUCCUUUGUGUCCCAUGCUCCUCUUGUCCUACACUGGUCUACUCUGGUAUGUUUGCUCAGGGCACUUAAUACCAAUGUCAGGUCUGUGAAGCAGGCAGAAGUUCCAGGUGGUCCUUAAAGAAAUUGCAAUUAUUCAAAUCCUUAUGUAUAGUUCUAAUUUUAUUUACUAUGUGUAAUCACUUAGAGAAUGGUUAUUUUUAUAAUAUCAAUAAUAAACAAGUACUCUUGUAACCAGGGGGUGCCUAAAGGUGUAAUCAGAGAACACUAACCCUGGCAAAGAAUUCUGGGGUGGUCAGGAUGUCUGCUGCCUUUUGACAUGGUUAGUGUCCUGGGUUUAGAUUACUUUAUACCCAGUUAUUAAGAUUACUAUUUGAUACAUUAAAUAUUGCCUGAUUCAAAUAACUUUGCUUAAAAUUUUUCUGUAUUUUAACUUGUGUAGGGUUUUCUACUUCUUAUAUUUUUAUAAUAUUUUCUCAUUUUUUAGAUUAAUAAACAUUAUACUUAUCCACAUGUGCCAAGAUGUGCCAUUUAGGUCUCUCUGGGAGUUAGCUGUUUGGUAUCAUCACCUGCCAUGUGUGUUUUGUGCAGCAGCAAGAAGCAUAUUCUCUACCACUGCUCCUUCCUAUGAUUAUCUUCCCUGUUCCUAUCAAACAAAUAACUGAUAUGUUAAUUUAAUAAAGCAGAUCAAUAAGGAAUGAAAUGCAUGCCCCAGAUCAUAUGCAAUGAAAAUUGUUGGACCAUUUAUCCAAUUAUUGAACCCAAUUAAGGUUAUCCAUUUUGCAUUUGAUGUAUGCUCGCUUCUGGAAUAUAUUCUGCACUGAAGCUAAGUGAAUGGAUCUAAGUAAAUCUAUUGAGUAUCUCUAUUGUCUGUUUUAUCUUAUUUGUCUGAACAAAUACCUUAUCUUAUGUUUCUGAACCUUUAAAGGCAUAUGGUUAAAUUAUAAAAUUGCCUGAAUUACUGUGAAAGAAACAAUGUUAAAGGCAAGAACAUGGCUAAAGAAUAAACAAAGAAGUUCUGAUUGUA